CUUUCAUUCAUUCGCAAAUCGCAGAUUGUUUUUUGUGACGGUGCACUAUUAUAACAUUGUUUUUAAAUUGAAUAAUUAAGUUGUUUUCGCGAAACUGAUGUAGGAUAUCCUCGGAAAAAUGUCGUUCGGCAGUUUUGAGAACGUUGGAUCAUUCAUAAGGGAUUGCAAUGGCACGAAAUUACGAUUCGACCAAGCUUGUUUACAAAUUAUUACGACUAAAGAAGUGAGUUUUUGGAGUCAGUAUGAAGAAUGUGAAGGCUGUGUUUUGCUGGAGACGGCGAAGAUACCUGAAACUCGGGCUAUAGUGUUGGGUACUGGGAGCCCGCUGAGGUACGCAGUGCGCAGUGGCAAUGGAGAAAUAUGCACUGCGACAUACCAAUUCGGUGAAUAUGGCCAGUAUUCCCUCAACCUCACCGAAGAUAUUAAAGAUCCGUGCACGCCCCGUAUGACAGCGGAGCCCGACGCGGCUUUCCUACCGAUUUUGACUGCGGUGGUCAUUCUGCUGUCAAUGGCGACCCUGUGGUAUGUCAUUAAGGGCAUCGGCAAGAGAGUAGUCGCUGGACGAUUUUAUGCUAGAUAUUUUGCCAGAGAAGACAAUGAGCUGGGCUCCGAGACUCGCGUCCUGACAGCGGAGGCGAGCGUGCCUCGAUCCCCCACGCGCUCUCGCCUGCGCUCGCUUGAUAUCUUUAGAGGACUCUCCAUCGCUCUUAUGAUCUUCGUGAACGCGGGCGGCGGUGGGUACGGCAUAUUUUCGCACAGCGUGUGGAACGGGCUCACGGUGGCUGACGUGGUGUUCCCGUGGUUCGCCUUCGCUAUGGGAGAAGCUCUGGUGCUGUCCCUUAACGCCAGGCUUAGGACUUCGCUGCCGAGGAUCAAUGCUUUGCAGCAAGUAGCGACCCGUUCUCUCAUGCUGUCCAUGAUCGGCAUAGUGCUGGGUUCCUCCAACGCGUCGUGGCUGGACGUGCGUCUUCCAGGAGUGUUGCAACGCUUAGCUGCCAUGUACCUCAUCGUGGGAGCCCUGGAGUGUGCCUUCAUGAGGACCAGCCAGGAUAUUACACCAGGUCGUUCUCUAUUCCGUGACAUCAGCGCUGGUUGGCAGCAGUGGUUGGCUACUCUCCUUCUUGUUGCCAUACAGGUGUGCAUAACCCUGCUGGUGGCGGCGCCGGGCUGCCCGCGCGGCUACAUGGGCCCCGGCGGCCUGCACCUCUCCGCCUACAACCAGUCGCUGCAGAACUGCACCGCGGGCAUCGCCGGCUACAUCGACAGACUGGUACUAGGCCCAGCUCACCUGUACCAGCGCGGUACAUUCCACGCGCUGUACCACACGGGUGUCCCCCACGACCCCGAGGGCAUCCUGGGCGUCCUGUCCGGGGUGCUGGUGGUGCAGGCCGGCGCCCACGCCACCAGGAUCAUGCUCGCUUACAACCAUGCUAGGGCCCGAAUAAUGCGUUGGGUAUUCUGGUCUAUAAUCUUCGGCGUUUCCGGCGGAGCUCUAUGCAUGUUCUCGAAGAACGGAGGUCCGAUACCCGUCAAUAAGAACCUCUGGUCGGUGUCGUACUGCCUGGUGACGUCAUCGCUCGCGCUCGCCAUACAAGCCGCGCUGUACUUCAUUGUGGACCUCAAGACCAAGUGGGGGGGAAGACCGCUUUAUUAUGCUGGUCAAAACGCCCUCUUCCUGUACAUCGGCAGUGAACUCCUGAAACGUAACUUCCCUCUGCACUGGGCCCUCUCGGCUCCCACUCACGCGCAGCUGUUAGCGACUCAUGCGGCCGCCAUGUUGAUAUGGCUGGCCGUCGGCGUCGCGCUGCACAGGAAACGCAUCUUUAUCACAUUGUAAUAACGUCCUUUUUACUAUAACAAUGUAGGACGGCGUCAGAAGUAGGAAAAGUGUCUUUAAGGCCUUGUCAUAGAGUUCUUUUUACUGCAGCAAUAAAAUAACUAUCGAAAAUACAUUUUAAUCCCCCUAAAAUACACUUAUUUUUAAUAUAAUUUCAUUAAAUAAAGGAAAUAAAUUCUGACUGAGACUUCGAAACGCAUCUUUAUCACAUUGUAAUAACGCCCUUUUUACUAUAGCAAUGUAGGACGGAGUCGGAAGAAGGAAAAGUGUCUUUAAGGCCUUGUAAUAGAGUUCUUUUUAAUACAACUUCCUUAAAUAAAUUCAUACUAUGCUGCUGGGUUUAUGAAACGCGUGUUUAUCACAUUGUAAUAACGUCCUUUUUACUAUAGCAAUAUUGGACGAUGUGAUAAGCCAUAUAAUACGGCUAUUUUUAAUACAAUUUCAUUUAAUAAAGGAAAUAAAUUCAUACUAUGUCACUGGGUUUAUGAAACGCGUCUUUAUCACAUUGUUUUAACGUCUAUUUUACUAUACCAAUGUAGGACGAAGUGGGAAAAAGAAAAGUGUCUAAAAGGCCUUGUAAGAGCUAAAGGAAUUUCUGCUGUGUCAGCUGUGUGUAUGUCACCGGGAAAUAACAAGACUCGUAAGUUGAUAAAUUUUCUAGGUAGUAGAUCAACUCUCGGAAAAUAAUAAACGGCAUUUGAAAUGUACUAUUUAACGCAUUGAAUUUUAGCUAAUUAGUCAACUUACGGUACCUAGCCGUAAUUUAAUAAUGAUAUUGCUACAAGUAUAAUAAUACACAAAUGAGCCAUAUAUAAAGCUUAUUUUACAACAGCAAAUAAUUUCUUUCUAAAAUAUGUAUUGAAUAACUUUUUACCAUACCCGUUUAUAAGGACAUCCCUUUAUACUAAAUAUCGAAAAUAGUUUUAAUUUGAUGUACAGUCAACUUCAGGUCAGUGGUAACAGUUUUAUAGGAAAAUCGUACUUAUUACUAUUGAGUUAAGGUGCAUGACAGCUACCACUAAUGUGCAGUUUACUGUACAUUGCACAAUAUAUUCAUUUCAGGAUUUCCUAUAAAUAUGUGUUGUCUUCCUGUUAAAAAGUAUAAGAGAUGUUCUUAUUAAUAUGUACGAAGGAAAAACGUCUUUAAUACCAUGUAAUAGAGCUAUUUUUCUCACAAAAGUUGAAGCAAAAAUUUGCUUUAAAAAGCAGUUAAAGGAAAUUAAUUUUUAUCGCCUUACAAAUAGAGUUCUUUUUUAUAUAAUUGCAGGACGGAAAAAAUUACAUGUAUGUUUUUUAUUUCGAGUCAAAAUGUUUAUCGCCUUGGAGUAAAAAUCCAAUUUGCUAUAAUACAUAUAUGAGGGAUUAAUUAAUGUUAGCUUGUGUCUUGGCCUUUUUAAAUUAUCAAUAACCACUAUGGGACUUAAUAUUGUAAUUAUUUUUAAUGUUUUGGAUGUAAAAAUGUAAAUGAAUUGAUAUAUUUAAAUUAUUCAAGUAAUAUACGCCAAAAUGUACUAAACCAAGAUAAAAUUAAAAUUUAGAAUGAAAACUUUUUAAAAUUCAAGGUUAUGCUUAGAACUAAAAUAAAAUUUUUGAAAAUUGGCAUAAAGCAGUAGUUAGAUAAGUGGUAGACAAAUAAAAUUGAAUUGAUUUGCUCAAAGAAUUAAAGGAAAGGAUUUUCGAAAGUUAAAAUUAAUUAUAAAUUCAGACUUAAAAUAUGGUUAAUUCCUAACACAUUUAGACUGGAUUGUGUCAUUGUUCUCAUAAUUAUUUUUCUUUUAAUGUAUUAAAAAUAUAUCAUUCUGUCUCUGUCAUUUAUUUGUAGAAAGUUGAAACAUAAUGAGCGCUUAAUAUUUACUUGUAAAAGUAUUUUGGUUCAAUAGUAUUUUGCAUCGUUUUAUGACUAUUUUAUAUGAUUUAUAAUUUUACACAUUAUUUUCAUUAGCAUUAAAACAUAGCCAUCAUUCCAACGUAUAUGGCAGCCUCAUCGGAAUCUCGCAAUUUAAAACCUUCAUGAUUUAAAUACUUUUUCUUGAUAUGACGUCACUAUUCUUGUAAAAACACAUUUACUUAUAUAUUAGCCUUAUAAAAAAAAACAUAUUUAGUAAUAAAAUAUCUUAAAAACAGAUGAAUUGAUCAGUUUUGUAUCUAGAUCAUAGUCCAAAAAUAUAAUUAGUUUUAGUUAUAAUAUAAUAUAUUGUAAAAACUUGACGAAAAAUAACUAUAAAAAGGCAAAAUGAGAAGCGAUGUAGUCAAAUGUGUCUUAAUAAUUUAUGUGGGUCGAACAAAAUAUGUAGGAUCGCGGUUUUUUGUCAAGUUUCAAAGAUAUUGUAACUUCACGUGAUUAUAAUAAAAAGUUAAGUUUAAA